AUGGAUGAGCUGUUUGACGUUUUCGAAGAAAAUGACCAGGCGCCGCCUGCUACGUCACUCACGAAAGCACAAAGAAAGCGCUUGAAGCGACAGGCCAACGGCGAAGUGAAAGAUGAUCCCGACGGCGGAGAGCCACCUGCCCCUUCUAGUGACGGGACUUCCUCCGUGUCGGAAGAUGUUGACAAGGAGAUGACUGAUGGCGAGGCCCCAGAUGUCAAACGCAUGCGCAUGGAAGAAGAACCAGAACCUGUUGUCACGGAUACCUUCGAGACCGAACAGUCGAGAGAAGUCGCCGCAUCGGCUGGCUUGCUUCCGGGUAAAGAAGAAGAGAAGGUUAUACUGUCGCAUCAAGUUCGUCACCAAGUUGCUUUGCCCCCAGACUAUGACUACGUGCCCAUCUCAGAGCACAAACCACCUGCAGAACCUGCUCGGACGUGGAAAUUCCAGCUUGAUCCCUUCCAACAAGUCUCUAUUGCCUCGAUUGAACGAAAUGAGAGCGUCCUUGUCUCCGCUCACACCAGCGCAGGCAAAACCGUGGUUGCUGAAUAUGCAAUCGCUCAGUGUCUCAAGAACAACCAGCGCGUCAUUUACACCAGUCCCAUCAAGGCACUGAGCAACCAGAAAUAUCGAGAGUUUCAAGCCGACUUUGGGGAUGUUGGUCUUAUGACCGGAGAUGUCACCAUCAAUCCUACAGCCACUUGCCUUGUCAUGACCACUGAGAUUCUACGCUCAAUGCUUUAUCGUGGAUCCGAGAUCAUGCGUGAAGUGGGCUGGGUGAUUUUUGACGAGAUUCACUACCUUCGAGACAAAGUUCGAGGCGUUGUGUGGGAAGAGACAAUUAUUCUCCUGCCAGACAAGGUUCGCUAUGUGUUCUUGUCCGCGACCAUUCCGAACGCUAUGCAGUUUGCUGAAUGGAUCACAAAGACCCAUAAUCAACCAUGUCAUGUCGUCUACACAGAUUUCAGACCUACCCCUCUGCAACACUACUUCUUCCCUGCUGGUGCUGACGGGAUCCAUUUGAUUGUGGAUGAAAAGGGUGUGUUCCGCGAAGAAAACUUCCAAAAGGCUAUGAGCUCCAUUGCCGACAAACAAGGUGACGACCCCGCAAAUGCCUUGGCCCGAAGGAAGGGCAAAGGAAAGGACAAGAAGUUGAAUAAAGGAGGCACCAAGGGUCCCUCUGAUAUCUACAAGAUUGUCCGCAUGAUUAUGACAAAGAACUACAACCCGGUCAUCGUCUUCAGUUUCAGCAAGAGAGAUUGCGAGGCCUAUGCCAUUCAAAUGAGCAGCAUGUCCUUCAAUGAAGACUCGGAGAAGGCCAUGGUCUCGAAAGUGUUUGACAGCGCUUUGGAAAUGCUUUCGCCCGAAGACAAGAAUUUGCCGCAAAUCCAACACUUAUUGCCGUUACUGAGGAGAGGCAUUGGCAUCCAUCACUCCGGCCUGUUGCCGAUUCUCAAGGAGACCAUUGAAAUUCUUUUCCAGGAAGGAUUGAUCAAGGUUCUGUUCGCAACCGAAACAUUCUCUAUCGGGCUCAACAUGCCAGCCAAGACUGUUGUCUUUACCAGUGUUCGCAAAUUUGACGGGAUAUCACAACGAUGGAUUACGCCAUCAGAGUUUAUCCAGAUGUCUGGCCGAGCGGGACGUCGUGGACUUGAUGAGCGGGGGAUUGUCAUUAUGAUGAUCGACCAACAGAUGGAACCUGGUGUGGCCAAGGACAUCGUUCGUGGCGAGCAGGAUAAAUUGAACUCUGCCUUUUACCUUGGUUACAAUAUGAUUCUAAACCUGCUUCGCGUCGAAGGCAUCUCUCCCGAGUUCAUGCUUGAGAGAUGUUUCCAUCAGUUUCAAAAUACUGCCAGUGUCUCUGGUCUUGAGAAAGAAUUACAGCAAUUGGAAGCAGAGAAAUCAGCCAUGGUCAUCGAAGACGAAAGCUCAAUCCGAGCCUACUAUGAGCUUCGUAAACAGCUUGAUGUUUAUGCCGAAGACAUGCGCAUGGUCAUUAUCCAUCCCAACUACUGUCUACCUUUUAUGCAGCCGGGUCGUUUGGUCGAGAUCAAGGAUGGAGAGUAUGAUUUUGGCUGGGGAGCAGUCCUGAACUUUGCGAGAAGAAGUCAAGGCAAAUCGACAGAAAGGUUAACUCCACAGGAGGAGUGGAUUCUCGAUAUUGCGUUGGAAGUUGCGGAAGGCCCUGCUCCGGCAACGAAGACUUUUCAGUCUCUUCCACAAGGAAUUCGUCCUCCUCAGCCUGGUGAGAAGUCCAAAGUCGAAGUCGUCCCGGUGCUUCUUAAAUGCGUCCAAAAGAUCUCUCAUAUUCGCAUAUUUCCUCCUGCCGACAUGACACUUUCCGAGGAGAAGAAGAAGGUGCAACAGUCAUUGGCAGAAGUGAAAAGACGGUUCCCCGACGGCCUGGCCGUGCUGGAUCCAGUGGAGAACAUGAAAAUCACCGACAACUCGUUCAAGGAUCUCCUUCGCAAGAUUGAGAUCAUGGAAUCUAGGUUGGUGGCUAAUCCACUGCACCACUCUCCUCGCCUUGAAGGCCUUUACAACCAGUACGCGGCCAAGGUGGCGCUUACCAACAAAAUCCGAAAUCUGAAAAAGCAAAUUCAAGAUGCACAUGCAAUCAUGCAAUUGGAAGAGUUGAAGUGCCGAAAGCGAGUUCUCCGCCGAUUGCAGUUCAUCAAUGAGGAUGAAGUGGUCCAGCUCAAGGCUCGUGUUGCUUGUGAGAUUAGCACUGGCGAUGAAUUGAUGCUUAGUGAGCUUCUUUUCAACCGAUUCUUCAACGACAUGACGCCGGAACAAUGCGCAGCUGUCAUGAGUUGCUUUGUCUUUGAGGAGAAGGUCAAUGAGGCCCCUGUCUUGCCUGAGGACCUUGCGAAGCCUUUGCGUGAGAUCCAGAGACAAGCCAGACACAUUGCCAAAGUGUCGGUGGAGUCAAAGUUGGCUAUGAAUGAGGAAGAGUAUGUUCAAGGUUUCAAAUGGCAGCUUAUGCCGGUAAUUUAUGCAUGGGCCACUGGUAAAUCAUUCGGAGAGAUUUGCAAAAUGACCGAUGUGUAUGAAGGUAGCUUGAUCCGAACUUUCCGCCGACUCGAAGAAGCAUUGCGUCAGAUGGCCGAAGCCUCGAAAGUCAUGGGAAGCGAAGAAUUGGAGAAGAAGUUCGAGGAGGCAUUGAACAAGGUAAGGCGAGACAUCGUGGCAGCUCAGUCACUGUAUCUCUAG